AUGGCUACCCAGGUUAUGCAAGCACCAGGGCAUGUCCACCAGGGCAAACAAUUCGACCAAUUUCGCUUUGAAAAGGAACCGUCGCAUCAGAAGGGAUGGAGGGAGUUUGACCUGAAGAGUGUGAUGAUCCCUCCUUCCGCAGGACUUGGAACAACGAAGCGAUACUACCAACGACGAACACUCGUCCAAUAUGCCGGCCUUUAUCUUGUCGGCCUCUGGGCUUUCCAGAAUCUUCAGUCAACUGCGUUACGAGCCAUGGCGUUAGGACUUCUCUUCCCAGGUGCCGGUCUUGUCUCCGUGGCCACCAUUCCGUCCUUGUUCGCUUUCGUCCUCACCAUCGUCGGCAUUCCAAUCACCCUCUUCGUCUGGUUCGCUAUGGGAGGCGUACUUUUCCCACUGUUGCUCUGGUUUGGAUCGGCGGGACUUGCUGGCCUUCUCGCGAAGGACAAGCUAUUCGAUCAGGCGGGACCUGCCUGGGGAGCGAUCUGCAUUGUGGGUGUCUCGUGGAUGAUUUACAAAUCAUCCAUAAUCGGCGCCCGCGGUCGCCUUACCCAGCAAGCACGCAACAAGUGGCUCCCAGCGAAGGUCAAGUCUAUGCAAGAGGCCGCUCUUCCAGCCCCCGCCCCCGGCUCCCGCGAGCUGGACGAGAAGACUUUGAGAUUUGUCCAGCAUAUGGUUGAGCGAGGCCUUACGAAGCAUGACGAUCUCAGCUAUCACGACGUGAUCGACCAAUUUCAAACAGGCGCCGUUCGCUAUCAGCUUUACGGCGUGGUCGACUCUCUUGCUCUCUAUUUGACGCAUUACGCACCUGGCUUCCAUGGAUAUGCUGCCGAAGCAUGUCGAAACUGUAUCGAGAAAUCCUUGACAAAGAGGAUUAUGAGCUACUGGAAGUGGGAGCGGUUGACUGGCAAGUUCACCACCGACUACGAUCCCACAAAUUACGACAACAUCAUGGUGACUGGUUACCUCGGUGUGGCCAUUGGUCUUUAUGAGUCUGCAACCGGCGAUCGCCGUUACGAAAAACCCGGUGCGCUCAAUUUCCAGAUCGCCGAUGGCAUCAACUUCCCAAAGUCCUUCGGAGAUCUUGCAGACGAUAUGUACCAGAACAUGGCUACGAAUGAUUACUGUCUCUACCCGUGCGAGCCCAACUGGACGUAUUCUCUCUGCAACCUCAUCGGCAUGGCUGGCUUGAUUAUCUCCUCGCGUAUGCUUGGCAAUGACUACGCGGAGAAGAUCAAGCCGCGAUUCGAGCGUGCCCUUGAAGAUGAGAUGACAGAGCCAGAUGGUCGUAUCUUGCCGAUCCGAUCCGAGCUUACUGGCCUUACCAUCCCCGGCCUGUCCGGUACCCUGUCCGACUGUAUCAAUGCUAUGAAUUUGACCGCCUACCUUCCUCACAUUGGUAGCCGUGUCUGGGCCAUCAUUCGAAAUGAGCAUGUCACGUACGAUACCGGUAAGAUGGACGUGAAAGACCUUCGCGGCGCUGAUAAGAUGGAUCCUGGUAACUACAAGGGUGGCAUCGGUGCACUUCGCGCUUUCGUCGCUGGCUGCGCCGCCGAGUUUGGUGAUGAGAAGGUUCGUGUCGAUGCACUUCAACAGCUUGACGACGAAUACUUCCCCGUGACCGCCACAUCGUCCGGUGCCUUAUAUAAUAAGGGCCUUUCAGCUACAUCUCAGGUUGUGGCUCUCAUGGCUCGUUUGAUGCGCUACCAAGACCUCGCCAAUGCUACCCUCUAUGGCCCCGAGCCCGUCGCCAUGACUGGACCCCUUCUUGCGGACUGCAAAUUCCCUGAGGUUCUUGUCGCAAAAGCUUACAGUCAUGACGGCAAAUCGCUUGAGCUCGUGCUCUACAAUGGCAAGUCUGCGGGUAAGCAGAAGCUUGGCUUCGAGCGUCUGACUCCUGGUGGUAUGUACAAGAUCAUGAAGGAGACUGUUGAGACCAUCACUGCCGAUGCACAGGGCAAGGCAUCAAUCGAGGUUGAUCUUAACGGCAGGACAGCGCUUACAGUGUCACCGGCUUAG